AAAGCGAAGGCAUACGUAGUUUGACACCUGCGAGGUGCCGUAGUGUAGAACCCGGAAGCACGGAUGAUCCCAUCUAAAUAAUCAACAUGGGUUGAUUUUCACAGAAAGCCAUCAAGGGGCAUUGUCCGCCACAUGAUAACCUUCUGUGGAAGUCUAGAGAAGUUGGCUGGAGGAAAUUUAUCAUUUGAGACUUAAACUCCAUUUAAGUAAGUUUAUAUCAAUUCAGCCAUGGGUCGGAAAGAAGACGAAGAGGAGCUGACGGUCAGCGGACCUAAGGAGGUGGACGUGUUUAGAUCAGUGCGUUGCCUGGGUUACGUGUCCAGCUUUAAUCUCUUUGUGGCAGUUUGUGUUGGCAUGUAUGUACGCUGGGAGGUGACAAGUGAACCCAUGAUUCUGGUCAUCUUCAUCCUGGGCCUCUUUGAACUGGGAAUUGCCAGCAUCCUCCAUUACUACUUUGCUAUGGAAAAUGCCAGCCAGAGCUUGUUCCAUUUGUGGUUUGGCUUUCUACUUGGACUUCUGUGCUUCCUCAACAGCCCCGCCUUGGAUUCAAACAUCAAAGAACUGGUCGCAAACUAUCUCCUCCUAGCCAGUGUAGCUAUGAAAGCAGUAUGGGCUCUAACUGAGCGAAUAUGCAGCUCCGUCUGUUACAAACCAAGCUUGCUAACAUCAGCAGAGUUACUGGAGCUUCUGGGAUUUGGCACUGCCAGUACUGCCUUGCUUCUUCACAAGUCAGUGGCCAUAAUAGGCUUGGUAGUGGCACUUGGUGCUCUCAUUGUGGACUUAAGGAUGAAAUCCCUACUAGCUUUGCCCAAUCUGAUCACUUUUGCCUUGGUUACUUCUCUUGUGUUUUUCAAGGCCUUAGGCAUUAUUGCCAACCCAUAUGCCUUAGGCUGCUACCUGGGCAGGCUGCUCUGUGAGCCUGUGUUGGAUGUGUAUUUCAGUGGACUAGGCCCCACUGAGCGCUGGAUACCAGUGCUCUCUCUGGGGAAGGUGUGGAGGAGGCUGUCCCUGUUUCCUCUGAGUCUGACUGAGAUAGCCUUCUUUGUCCUUGCUGCUUUAAAGCUUGGCCACUUGAAGCUGUGGUAUCUGGUCAUCCCAGGUUUCUGUCUGUUUGGUCUCUUCUGGUCCAUCUGCCACAUUAUUUUGUUGAUCACGAUUUGGGGCUUUCACACUAAGCUGAGUGACUGUCAGAAGGCUUGGCGGGCUCAGCGGUCGAGUAGCCGGAGUCUGGACCAGGUCAUGGCCUCCCGAGGCAUCCGACACUUCUGCCUCAUCUCAGAGCGACUGGUGUUCUUUAGUUUGUUGUCAACAGUGAUACUUGGGGCUGUGUCCUGGCAGCCUGCCAAUGGACUCUUUCUCAGUGCUCUGCUGGUGGUGCUGCCUCUGGAAUCUCUGGCCCAUGGUUUGUUUCACGAGCUGGGCAACUGCCUGGGGGGAACUUGUGUCGGCUAUGCCCUGGUCGUACCUACCACUUACUGCAGUGCUGGUGGCCAGCCCAAUCUCUUACCACCUGAGCAGGUGGAGCAGUUGAAUCUGUGCUCCACAGGCAUGCUGAACAACAUGCAGCGCCUCUUCUCACACCACAUGAUCCAGACAUGCGGCUGUGACUACUCUACUAGUGGUGUAACCCUGGAAGCUGUACAGACCAAACUGCGCAACUUUCUGGAGCUUCGUACAGCAGACGGACCACGACACGACACCUAUUUGAUAUUCUACAGUGGGCACACACACAAAGGCUCUGGGUCCUGGGCUCUGUCAGGAGGUGAGAGUCUCCACCUGGCCCAGUUGCUGGAGCUGUGGAAGGAGAAGAACGCCGGCCACUGUUCGCGUCUCAUUGUGGUCCUAGACACCAAGAACUCCCUCCCCUGGGUCAAGGAAGUGCGCAGGGUGGAGGGCAUCUAUGUAGCCGUGCAGGGGGCUGAGCUGUCAGCUGCUGUGGUGGACCCAGAGGCUGGAGACAUCCCAUUCCUCGGGGAAUUCACUUCUGAGUGGGUGGAGUUCAACUGCAACCCUGCCAGUGACACCCAGUGGUCUGAGAAAGGGCGGACUGUCAGAGCUGUCUACGGUGUGUCCAAACGCUGGAGUGACUACACACUUCAUCUUCCCACUGGAAGUGAUGUGGCCAAGCACUGGAAGACCCACUUUCCUAAGGCUACAUACCCCAUGGUGCACCUGUCCAACUGGUGCUGUGGCCUCAACCUGUUUUGGUUUUGCAGCACGUGUCUGCGCUGCUUUAGGAGGUGUAAGCUAGCUUGGUUCCCACCGGCUGUUUUGGACACUGGGCAGGGAAUUAAACUGGUGCACUCAUAAAGAACAGGGAAAGUUUGGUGAAUUCAUAAAGAGCUCAACUCCAAGAAACACUUUUUAUUUUCUUUACAGGAGAGCGUUUUUCUUAUUUUGCUCAGCUUCAUCUUUAUAAAAUCAUUCAUCAUCUCAAAAUGUGGUGCGGGAUUGAUUAGUUUAGUUUUUAGUUGAAGAAUUGGAAUUUUGGGCCCUUUAUGAAUGAACCAUUUCAACUUUAAAUCAAACUGUAGCAGCUGGGUACAAGAUGUUUGUAUAAAAAUAACUCGAGCUAUAUACCUAUUGUAAAAUAUAUACAGUCAUAUUUUAGUCUAAAACACUAUGAGCUUUGGCCUUCAGUCAGCACCAGAUUCCUUACAUUUAUUAUUGUACGAUGUUUAUUUGCAGUGAUUCAAGACAUUGUGCCAAGUACAUCACAGAUAAGUAAAUGCUGUAUUUCUGAACCCCAAAGAAUAUUUCAUUUAAUUAUUCAAGUAAACUAAGCUGAAAUAAAAGGGAACAGUGCUUAUGGUUUAAUUAAUUAGCAUGAGGUCUAAGAAUGGAACAUUUUCAUCUUACUUAAUAACACUGUGCUUAGCAUUUUGAAAAGUACUUUUAUUGCUUCUUAUUUUAUCUUUUAUUGACUCAUUAUUUGCAUACCAAAAAAUGUUCAAAUAUGGUUCUAUUUCUUUGCAAUGGUGUUCAGUUUUCUUUUGUCACAGUGUGCUGUUUUAUGCAUGAUAAAGUGCCUUAAAGAUGGAUUUAGAAUCAUUUCUAAUAUUGAAGGGUUUUUUGUCAUCUACACUAUAAAGGUCAUAGACUGUAUAUAAAAGGUGGACAUAGGCACUGUGAAAUUGCCCAGUGGUUAGUGAUUUCCAGUUGUGAAGUCUUGGCCUGAGAGUUUCUGGUGGUUAUGACUAAAAAACAGGAGUACACAUCAAUAUUUUUUUUCUUAUUUUAAACCAGAAGUGUCAUCUCUUCCCUGUUGCUAAGUCCAUCUUUUAUAUGCUGUCUCUGAUGUAGAUCCUUGUCUUGACUUCCCUUUACAUAAACUAAGUGAGAUGGUGAAGGCUUUGUCUUUCUAAAGCCUUUUUCCUGACAAGAUCGGCAAAAAAAAGCCGUUGUGAGACUGAACUUGGCAACCCCACGGAUUAUAAAGUAGAAAGGUCUCACGACAAUGCCAAGCUGCCACUGUUCUUGUGGGAUUCUUUCCCUGAUUGUUAUUGAUGUAUUCAGAUAUGCAGCUAUCUCUGCACUGAACAAAGAAAUAUGCAUUGGCUGUGAGACAGCAUAUUAUUGCCACACUAUGGCCCUGUCUUAUACCUCAUCCUGUUUGUUUACACAGAUCAAUUCAAAUUGAAGAAGUCAUUUGCUCUAUACUAACCCAUUCAAGUUUUCUAGCCUUUUGUGUUUGCCAUGCUGUGAAGCAGUGCUUCGUAAGCCAAAGCACCAAAGCAUGAAGAAACUAUCAUUGCUAUGUAUUUCUACACUGAGCUUCAACGCCCAUUGUGACCAUUCUUUACAUUCUGAUUUGUAUCUUUCUGUCUCACACAUUCCUGAACUACGUGGAAUGCUGCCUACCUUGUUUCUGAAGAGGUCCGGUUGGAUUACUGUGCCUCUCUUGUCACAUGGUCAUAAUGUGAGUUAAACUUGAAUAAUAAACUGAUAAAAGAAUGCUGUUUGAUGUAAUUGAGAGAUUUGAAAGAGCUGAGAAUGGUAGAGAGGGGCUCAGUUUGAUUAAAUGCAAACAGAAGGAAAAAAAAAAAAAAAAAAC